AUGCAAGGGAAGAUGCAACAACAGCAUUACGUGGAGGAAUAUGAUAGGAAGAUGAGGAAAAUGGAGGAGCAAAUGAGAAGAGUCGAGCAAGAGAGAGGUCAAGCCUUUAAAGAGCUAAGACAAAUGAAAAGGGCUGCUGAGGAGACCAAUGUCAUGAUUGAUGAAAAAUUAGCCAACAAAAGAUCAUAUUCAGAGCCACGUCUAUUAGAAAACCAAAUGGAUGUUAAAGAAUCAUCAAACAACCAUAUGUCAGAGAAAGAUGUCUUGUUAGACAACAUGAGGAACGAGAUGAAUAGUCUCAGAUCAUCUGAGGAUAAUGCAAUGAUCUUAUUGUCUGAAUAUAAAAGGAAAAUUCAAGAGUUGGAGACGGAACUAGAUAAAAGAAAAGAAUCAGAAGCAAAUUUGUUUGACACAUUGGUAAUGCAAACAAAACAGCUAGAGCAGAACAAGAUCCUGCUUGAAGAGUCAAAGCUUGAGAUAGCUUCUCUUGAAGAAAAAGUAAUGACAGUUCAACUAAGUGCCAGUCAGAUGGUGAAAACUCCUGUCACUGAGGAUUACUUUUCACCAAAAGAAAGUGAUGAAGGUAUGGAAAUUGAAACUGAGCUAGAAAAAGAGAUGCUCAGUGAUGAGAGACUUUCUGAGAAGGUCAAAAACAUGUUUGAAGAACUAAUUACACUUAGAAUGGAAUUGAAGUCGGCAAUGGAAGCAGAAGAGAACAGCAAGAAGGCUAUGGAUGAUUUGGCCUUUGCAUUAAAAGAAGUGGCAACAGAAGCUAACCAGGUGAAGGCAAAACUAAUCUUAAGCCAAGUGGAACUAGAGCACACAAAAGAGGACGCUGAGCGUUGGAGAACAAUGUUAAGAACCACAGAAGAGAAGUAUAAAGAGAUUCUUGAAGCAACGAAGAAAGAAGCAGAUAGGAACAAAAACACAGUUGACAGGUUAAGAUCAGAAGCUGAAGAGUCCCUUUUAGCAUGGAAUGAGAAAGAAACUGAGCUAGUAAAUUGCAUUAGAAGAGCCGAAGAGGAAAGACUAAUUGCAAAACAAGAAAGCAUCAGUGCCCUCCAGGCUCUCAAAGAGGCAGAGAAUAAAGUAAGAACUUCAAAGGAAGAAAAUCAAAAGUUACGUGAUAUUCUUAAACAAGCCUUGAAUGAAGCCAAUGUUGCAAAAGAAGCUGCUGAAAUUGCAAAGGCUGAAAAUUCUAGACUACAAGAUAGUAUUAACCUACUUGUCCACGAAAAUGAGAUGUUGAAGAUCCAUGAAGUCGCGUCGUUUGAGAAUAUUAAAGAGUUGAAGCGCAUGCUUUCAGAAUCUUCAGUAAAGGAGUUUAAAAAUGAGGACAUAGAGAAGCCACCUACAAAAGAAAGUGGGAAGGAGGAUAAUAAUAACAAAGAGCCAAUAAGAAGAAGGGGACAUAACAAUUACUCAAUGGAUCAUAGAGAGCAUAAAGAACCUAAGAGUUUGAAUAAAACUUUCAGUCUUAAUCUGAAGGAGAUGAUAACACCAAACAGCCAUAAACAACAACACAACAAAGUGGGAAACGAAGAAGUCACUAAGGACAUUGAUGAUGACACAUUAAGAGGUUCAAUAUUUGAUGAAGUGGAUUCAUCAGACUCAGAAUCACGUCAAGACAUGGAUAUACCUGAUGAUUUUGACCAUCUUGAUGAAUCUCAUUUUGAUGACCCAGAGGGUGACAGAAACUCGAGGAAACGAAGAGCUUUGCUAAGAAGAUUUGGUGAUCUUAUACGGAGAAGAGGUUAUCGAAAGGAACCAUCUAACGAGGAACAUUUACAAACGUGA